AAAAAAAUAUGAUUAAUCCUAUUUAAAAGUUUCACCAAUAAUUUAGUCUCUUUUAGGGUAAUAUUUCAAUUUUAAAUUACACAUAAGCAUUUGAACUCUACGAUUCGAACUCUACAAUUCAUUUUUAACCCAUUUGUUUUUACACAUACAGCAUUUGUUUCAUCCCAAAUCAUUCGAACUCUACAAUUCCGUGAAUAUAUUUUCAACCCAUUUCCCAUUGUAACACAAUCACAGCUUAUGUGUAGAACCAAAAUGGCCGUCAACGCUUCAUCGCCGGCACCGAGCCCAUCACAGCCAUCAUCCCGAGUUUCCGUCUUCUCAUCCACGCCUCGAAUCGCAAAUUCCAGAUCCUCAGAGCCGCCAAUCAGCGUUAACACCUCCGCCGAAUAUAAUUCCGCAGCCACCAAUUCUCCCAGCUUCCGCCUUGAUACUUCUGUCGCCACAGCCGCCGUUUCCAGCUCGUUGUCCAACCUCCGGCAAUCUCUACCGGACAGACCACAGGUUUACGAUUUUUCUGAAAUCCGAGCUGCAACAAACAAUUUCCUCUCGAAGCGCUACUCCUCCACCUCUUCUUCCCAAUCGUGGCAGUGCGUCCUGCACGGCAAACAAGUCAUCAUAUUCCAGCGAAUCGUUCGGAGAUCCAUAGAGAAAUCGGGACUAAGAGCCAAGUUAUCGAUAAUUUGCCGGAGCCAUAACCGGAGUAUAGUCAAGCUCCUAGGCGCGUCAAUCUCAGGCAAUCAGAUUUACCUUGUUUACGAAUUUGUUCCUGGAUCCAACCUCGCCCUGUGUCUUCGAAACCCUAGAAACCCUAGCUACACAGUGAUUUCCACUUGGUUAUCGAGAAUGCAAAUCGCUACAGACGUAGCUCACGGAUUGGAUUAUAUACACAAUAUGACGGGACAGGGUUCGAAUUCGGCCCACAAGCAUGUGAAGAGCAGCGGGAUUGUUAUCACCGAGCCGUCAUUCAACGCUAAGAUCUGUCAUUUUGGAGCGGCGGAGCUCUGCGGCGAGACCGAGAUCCCGUCCCUCAGCAGCGGCGAGAGUACAGAGGAACUCUGUUCGACAGAAUUGAGAUCUGAGAAGCGGAACCGGCAAUUCGAAGGAGUAAGCGGUUAUAUGUCUCCGGAUUUCCAGCUCUCUGGCAUCGCGACGCCGAAAUCCGACGUAUACGCAUUCGGAGUUGUGCUUCUGGAACUUUUCUCCGGCGAGGAGCCGGUUAAGUUCAAAUACGAUAAGUCGAGCGGAGAGUACAUGAAAAUUUCUGUAGUGGAGACGGCUAGAGAUGCAAUUGGUGGCGGCGCCGCCGAGGAGAUGGAAAGGGGGCUGAGGCAGUGGGUGGAUGGGAGGCUGAAGGACUCGUUCCCGGUGGAAGUAGCGGCAAAGGUUAUCAGGCUGGCGCUAGAUUGCAUCCACGUGGACCCAAAAGAGCGGCCCGAUAUGCGCCGCGUGUCAGGGAAAAUAUCGCAACUCUUUUUGGAAUCGGAAUAUUGGUCGGCCCAAGUUCAAGUUCCUACCGCAAUAUCUGUAUCAUUCACGCCUAGAUGAUUAAAAAGAUUAAAUCACGUAAAUCAUGUCAAAAAUACAAUUAUAGAAGAAUAUGUUACGAAUCUUAUAAAAUGGAAGGAAAUAAGCAGAAGAUAAGGGAGAGAAAAUAUAGUAGGAACACUUAGUGAUAGAGAUGUAUUAGAGAUGUUCUAAUGGUGUCUUUACAAUGAAGGAGAAUACUUCUAUAUAAUCUUGUCUAGAUUAGGGGCUAAUUGUGAGUCAUACAAUUACCAUCUAGAAAUCAUAAUUAUGUUUUCUUAUUUAUAUUAACAAUGAUGAUAAUGUGUUCCUAA